AUGCGGACCAGUCCGCCCGCCAUGCCCGCCAUGCUAGAUGACCCCACCGCGCCGGUGAUAUAUAGGACCUCUGGCGACGUACCGUACCCUCCUCCCGGUGGCCCGCUACCUGUAGGCAUUGCACCAUGUCAAGUCAUCCUGCGCGAUCGCGUGACUACCGCAACGAUUAUACCUUUCUCUGCGCCGAAUCAAGUACCCCUCACACUACUGGCAUACCUAUGCGACCAACUGGGUCGCGAGAUAGAAAAGGGAGAUACGUACCCCAUGGUUGAUCCGCUCGCUCUGGAGGCAUUCGGUCCGUACUGGUUCGGUGUUUUUGGUGCGAUCAUGUUGCUGGGUGAGAUCCAGGACGGUCGCGAACUACACGAGAUGGCGCGGAGGGGUUGUGACUGGGAGAGGGAAUGUCUGGGUAGCUUCUACAUCAAGCCCAACUACCCAGGACGGUCGAGUCAUGUCUGUAACGGCGGGUUCCUAGUCACGGAUGCGUCGCGCAAUCGGGGUGUCGGUCGCUUGAUGGGUGAGACCUAUCUGGACUGGGCUCCGAAGCUUGGCUAUACCUACUCCGUCUUCAACCUCGUGUACGAAACCAAUGUCGCUUCCUGCCGCAUAUGGGACGCCCUCGGCUUCAAGCGGAUCGGUCGCGUGAAGGGUUGCGGUAACCUGAAGUCAUAUCCCGGCGAGCUUGUCGACGCCAUCAUAUACGGAAGGGACCUGGGUCAGGAUGACGAGUUUGUGUCUGAGGAGCGCUUCGACAAGAUCCGCUUCUAUCUCAAGAACGGAAAAUACCCCAACGGUGCUGAUCGAGCAGAAAAGAGCCGUCUUCGUAGCGCGGCGACGCACUACAAGCUCACACCCGGAGAGGGCGAUGGACCUGAGAAGCUGUGGCUCAAGGGCAAAGAGGUUAUUGCGGAUCCCAAGCAGCAGUAUGAGAUCGCUCGCGAGAUACAUCAUAAGUCACAUGGGGGCAUCAACAAGACUACGGCAGCAAUUGCGGAGCUCUACCAUUGGGUCCGCAUAAAGGAGACUGUCAGCCAGGUCAUACGCAACUGUCCAGAAUGUAGCGAGAUGAACAAGGGACUGUCGGCUAUGCGCCAGGGUCAGAAUCAAGCACGGGCAGAGGCGAGAUCAGGAUCCAGUUUCCUGUCAUCAACCACUACCCAGCCAACUCUGACACCAACACCGCCGAGUUUGUUCUCACCAACACAACCACCGCCUCGUUCAGACUCACCUGGUGGCCAGCUACAGCUCGAAGCUGCACAGCACCAGAGCGCAAUCUAUCCACAGUACACCCAAGAUAACGGCUACGACCUGCCAGUCGAUCCCGCACUCAUGCAUGAGCUACAGCCUAAUACCAACCUUGCCGAUCUUCCGCCAUCGCCGUUCCUUGCAGCUCAGGCGAAUGGUGUACCUCAUCCGGGGGAGCUUGAUCAUCAGCGCAUGAGUCUUGAUCCAAGCUUAGAUGAGCGGGCACCCACUGCAGGGGAGGAGAUGCGUAGGAGGUUGAACCGUGUGAGUCAGUAUGAGUGA